CUCUGUCUCUCCAACCCAUCUGAAUCGCAGAGAAAGAGAGAGAGAGAGAGAGAGAGAGAGAGAGAGAGAGAGCUUCCAGAAACCAAGAAGCAGCUUUCCCUCUCUCGCUCAGCAGCGUCGAGAAGCAGCAGCCAGAGGAAACCACCCCCUCUUUUCUCUUCGAUUCCUUUGCGCAACCUUCAUAGCAAUGGCUCGCUCGCUCUCCAACGCCAAGCUUUUCUCGGCCGUCCUCGUCGACGGCAUCUCCGCCUCCUUCGCCAGGCGCGGGUACGCGGCGGCGUCGCAAGGGGUUGCUUCGAGCGUCGCGAAAACAGGGGCGACCAGGAGCGCCGUGAUGUCGAAGAAGACCGGGGAGGAGACGGCCAGAUCCACCGAGCGCGUCUCGUGGGUGCCCGACCCGAAGACCGGGUACUACAGACCCGAGAACCGCGGAGAGAUCGACGUGGCCGAGCUGCGCGCGGCGCUCCUGAAGAACAAGAACUGAGCCCUACCCAUGAUUGGUCCCCAAGAUUCGAUUGUGAUUGCGGCGACGCCAUCGUUUCCGGACGCGUUCGUACCCGCGAUAUGACUCGAUCGGACUGGACGUGGGAACCCUGCAUCCCCUCUCCUCUGUUUUAGGAAAUUACUGUACCCUGUUUCCGUUAUUGAUGGGAAUACAGAUUGGAUUUCCUAUUCUGCGUUUUAAUAUCAUGCGUGUUUUAUGUUCAAAUAAUGACGUCUCAAAAUUAACCUGAGAA